CGAUUGUUGUCAUCGCGGCUCCGGCCCAGCUCUGCCUCCCGCCCCCCGCGCCCCCCCGGCCCCGGCGCCCACGAACAAAACCCCGCGCCCGGCCCGGAGCUCGCGGUGGAGCCGAGUGGAGGAGGAGGAGGAGGAGGAGGAGGAGCCGGCCGGAGAAACUUGUCCUGGGGCUGCUGAGAGCAGGCGGAGGGAGAGGUGCACAGGGAAACAUCUGGACCAUGAAGGUGGCCUUCGGCUUGCUUCUCCCGCUUGUUCUUGUGCUGGUCUCGGAGGUGAGCGGGCAGCGGAGGAAACCCCCCCGGAAACCCACCCGCCCGCCUCCCGAGUUCGUCGAGCCCGUCGAGCCCACGGAGCUGCCCCCGCCGCUGCCGCCGGGCCCCCCCUCCGUCUUCCCUGACUGCCCCCGGGAAUGCUACUGUCCCCCGGACUUCCCCUCUGCCCUCUACUGUGACAGCCGCAACCUGCGGAAGGUCCCCAUCAUCCCACCACGCAUCCACUACCUCUACCUGCAGAACAACUUCAUCGACGACCUCCCGGAGGAGUCCUUCAGGAACGCCACGGGGCUCAAAUGGGUCAACCUCGACAACAACCGGAUCCGGAAGGUGGACAGGCGGGUCCUGGAGAAGCUGGAAAACCUCAUCUUCCUCUACAUGGAGAAGAACCAGCUCAAGGAGGUGCCCGCCUUCCUGCCGCCCAACCUGGAGCAGCUGCGGCUGAGCAGGAACCAGAUCUCCAAGAUCCCUGCUGGGGUCUUCAACAAGCUGGAGAACCUGGUGCUCUUGGACCUGCACCACAACAAGCUGAGCGACGGGGUCUUCAACAAAAACACCUUCAAGGGACUCAAGAACCUCAUGCAACUCAACCUCGCCCACAACAUCCUGAGGAAAAUGCCCCCUGGGGUGCCCAGUGCCAUCCACCAGCUCUUCCUGGACAGGAACAACAUUGAAGACAUCCCCAGUGACUACUUCAAGGAGUUCCCCAACCUGGCGUUCAUCCGGCUCAACUACAACCAGAUCUCGGACAAGGGGCUGCCCAAGGACUCCUUCAACCUCACCAACUUGCUGGUCUUGCACCUGGCCCACAACAAGCUCACCAACGUGCCUUUCAUCAGCCCCAAGCUGGAGCACCUCUACCUGAACAACAACUCCAUCGAGAAAAUCAACGGGACGCAGAUCUGCCCCACCUCGCUGAUGUCCAUCCAGGAUUUCUCGCCGUCGGACCUGGACAGCGUGCCCCGGCUGCGGUACCUGCGGCUGGACGGGAACCUCCUCAAGCCCCCCAUCCCCUUGGACCUCAUGAUGUGUUUCCGCCUCCUGCAGUCCGUGGUUUUCUAGCCCUGCCCAGCAGCACAGCUCUCCCAGGACUUGGCUUUGCACAGAGACUCGGCCCCUGACAUGUGGGACCCUCUUUGCCCCUUCUCCCCCUGCUCACACCCAUCUCCAUCCCCCUCUCGUGUUCCCUCUUCCCUCCUCUGCAGCGGCUGUGGACAUGGGUGGCAUGUGCAUCCUUAGGGACGGCUGUCUGCAGGACAGCACCGUGUCACAGCAGCCAUCCCGGGUCGCAGCAGUUCUGUCCCCGUGUCCACGUGUCCCUGUGUCCCUGCCCUCACCCUGGCCAGCCCCGGAGCUGGCUGUCUCUCCCCUUCCACCUGGCAGAGUUUCAGGAGGUUGGAUUUGGCUGUAGCCAAACACACCUCUGGAUGGAGCUGAGCAGGGGGCCCAGGUCAUUGCUCUGGGUGCCUGCACCCGGGGACCCCACAAUGUCCCUGGGCAAGAGUCUCCCGUGACAAGGUGGAGCAGGGAUGCUCUGGGGUGCCGGGCGAUGGCCACCCGUGGGGGGCAGGGUGAUGCCGGGGAGCAGGAGCCGUGCGGGAGGGGGCUGGCGCUGGCCAGCGGGACCUGGCCAGAGCCACGGCCCAUGGCCCCUCGUCCCCCUUUUCACAUGUAUUGCUUCCCUCUCUGAUAGCCGUACCUGCAUAUAUAGGGUGUCUGGGUUUAGGGGGCAGUAUUAGCUUUUUUCCUUCCUGAUCCUCAGGAUUUAGAUUUAAGGCCAAGCAUUAGAGGGGGAAAAAAAUCCAAUUGAAAUAAGCACUAAAGCAACAAACCAAAGAAAUCAGCCAUUACCUCCUUUGUGUUCAUCCUCCAAAACUGACCCUUCUCUGGGACGGGCACAGACAGACACCGUGUCCCGCUCCCGGGAACGGGACGGGGAUGUUCCCUGCAGCCUGGGGACACAUCAGCGAGCCGCACGCUCCCACCUUCCCAGUGCUGGAAGAUUCAUUAAACCCCAUGCUAAUUCAGGCUUGUGUUUUAAUGAUAAAAGUCUCUUCUCCAAAUCUUCAUUCAGCGGGCUUUGUUGGGUUUGUCAGGUUUUGACCUUAAACCCGGAGACCCUAUGUAUAUAUUUAUAUAUAGUAUGUAUAUAUACUGGUAGACUGUACAGAUAUAUCUAGAGACAUAUGUAGUUCUCGACUGAUUUCAAUUUAAUGGUAUUUUCACUCCUACUCUCCGCAGCAGUGGAAAUAAAAUGAUUCACAAGGGACCCGG